CAGACGAAAUAAAACUAAUUUCAAGUCGGUCAGUAAACUUUGUUGCUCCUCACAGAGCGACUGCAUUUUCGGCUACCCAUGAUCUGUUUAGUAUUUGUUAUUAUAAAGUGAUAGAACCGCAUAAGUUAUUUUGCGCUCAAUUCAACACUCAAAUACACAAAUUUAGGGUAACUUUGGAGUUACCCGAAAUCGCUGAAUGGAUAACCUUACGUAACCUGCCUGAUGGAGGUUUUAUACUGGCUACCGGAUAUUGCGAGAAUAUGAAAUUCGAAAAGACAGAUUUCUGCAGGGGAUUUCGUGUACAGAAAGUUGCUGCAAAUGGAAAAGCGUCUCAGGAACUGUACAUUGAUGGACUUCAAAUACCAAAAGGUGGUAAGGAGGAUAUCAAAUACGACGCUAUUAUCAGUGAAAACAAUAAAGGAUUCGAGAAAGAUGCAGUUAUGUCUACGUAUCACUGCAAUAGAGUCAUUAGUCUGGAAUGGAUGGAGACGAUAGAUUUUGUUCACUCUUCAUUGAUUUCAACAGCUAUCUACGCAGUACAAACAUCUGUUAGAUGCGGAUGGUGUAGAGCCGACAAAUUGAAGGUGAAAUCAUUAUGCUUUUACACCAUUAGACUUUCCUCUGAGGACACUAUACAACUACAUAACAAAGGUUAAAUUUAAAAAAAAGAUUAUUAUAAAAGUUCGUAGAAUUAGUAUUCACGGUGGUAUUUCCGAUAAAGAGUCGUUUAUCACGCUCCCGCAGCUCCUUAUAAAAACCCCAUGAAUUACAAUGCAUACAAAAA